GCAUCCAAAACACAAAUAUUGCAUAGGAUGCUUCUUUGUGUACUGAUUUGUGAUUUUUUUGGAUUGUGUUUAAGUGUGGUCCACCUGAUGGAUGGUAUUAGAUCUAUUGGUUGGGUGUCCAUGUGUUACCGAUCGUCCCACUGCUUCGAUGUGUGCGACGUGGUUGCUUGUUGCACCACAUUUUAUUCUAAUCUGAAUGGUAUACAAUGAUAUUUCACUUCCAUAAUGUGAAACCUCUAGAAAAGAGAAUUAUUCUCUCUUUUGCUUUCUCAAUCCUCCAAAAAUUCCAAAGGCAUCUUUCCCUCACCACCUUUUUCUAAAGGCUAACCACUCACUAUAAGAAAACACAAGCAGCAAGUUUCCCUUGCUAAUGUCCCGAAACUUUCCGACGUCAUUGGAUGAGUAUGUCAGCCCGGCAAGCGCUGGAAAUUCGAUCUGAAGAUCGAACUUUGAAUAAAUGGUGUGUGUCGUUGAGGGAAGACGUGUUCGAUUCCUUCAUUUCUCAGGGGGGUAACACUCUACAUAAAGUUUUCGGCGAUGGAUCGCUGUUCAGUCCUUUACUGUUUGGGAAGUUUUUCGACCCGUCGGAUGCGUUUCCUCUGUGGGAUUUUGAGGCUGAGAUUCUGUUAUCGGGGAUUCGGAGUUCGGCAGGGAGUAGCGUAGAUUGGUUUGUAACAGAAACUGAGUAUGUCCUCAGAGCAGAACUACCAGGGGUAAAGAAAUAUGAUGUGCAAAUAUAUGUGGAAAAUGGGAAGGUGGUCGAGAUCAGCAGCCAAUGGAGGCGGUGGGAAUCCGGUGGCAAGGACUGGAGAAGCAGCAAUUGGUGGGAAUUUGGGUACGUCAGGCGGAUCGAGCUGCCGGAGAAUGCGAAUUGGAGGAAAAUAGAGGCCUUUAUCGAUGACAACCACUUUCUCGAGAUAAAAAUUCUGAAGAAUAUUUCAGAAAACUCAAAUAUUCCUCAACUAAAGAAUGUGGAGCCCAUAGAUUCUCAAUUUGCAUGAGUGAUGACAGAAGUGAAAAAAAUAAAAUGGAAUCAAUGGCCCACCUAGAGGUUGAUAUGCAAUAAUGAAAAGAAAAUAUCAUGUAGAUACUAAACACCAAUCUGCAAUAUAUCUAACAUAGAACUUUGAUUUUUCAUUUUCAA